AUGUUGCAGUUCACCAGCCUUCUGAAACUGGACGAGGUCAGCAACUUGCGUUGUGUCAAAUCUGCCGCAGCUGAAACACUGGGUACUGCCAUCUUGGUUCUGAUGGGAUGUGGGCCGGCGGGGACUCUGGCCCCGGAGUCGUCAACCAUGGCGGUAGCUUUCUGCUUCGGGCUCGGGCUCGCUCUGUCCAUUUGGGUGUUUGGACAAGUCAGCGGUGCUCACGUUAAUCCCGCAGUGACCCUAGGAUUUUUCGUCACUGGACACAUUGGAAUCCUAAAGGUAUUUAUUUUACUCUUGAUGAUCUCCCUUUUGCAUAAAUUUGGCUUAAAAUAAGAACUAUAAUGCUUAUAUUGAUAUCAGUGGCGCAAAAAUAAUUUACAUAAUUCUAAAAUAAGUAGUACCAAUAAUUGUGAGGGUAAGAACAAUUAAACGAAUAAUAAAAUGGUAAAGUUAAGAAAUGCCCACCCUACACUUACUUCGUAUUUUACCGCCGCUUGCACAAGCCGAAAACCAAUGAUGUUAUCAUGUCAAAAGUGAUUCCUUGCUGCAUUCUUUUUUUAAGAUGUGUCCCCUCGAUUUUACUUUCUGAGCGCUGCUUAAUUUAAUAAACAGCCUUGUAAAAGUUAUCUGGUGGGGUGGGUGAAUAUACAUUUUUUUUUGCUGUUCUUUAUUUCAUAAAUGUAUUUUAUUUUAAUGUCAUGAUUAUGUCUCUUUUGAUAAAAUUUUUAUGUACAGCGCGGUGAGCCCAGCCCUAGGCUGGGGUACCGCGCUAUAAUUGACCCCUUAUUAUUAUUAUUAUUCCUUUGUCCGACCGAUAGGUCAUUGAAAAAACGGUGCAACACUCUAUUUAAUGGCCUGCAUUGUAAGCAAAUCUAAGUUGAGCUUGUGCCUUUUUAGGGCUAGGCUUGCACUAUCUCAGUGCCGUUAGUGCUACGUGUUUGCUGUGUUAGUGCUAUGUUAGGGCUAUGUUAGUGCUUCGUUAGUACUACGUUAGUGCUAUGUUAUUUCUAUGUUAGUGAUAUGUUAUUUCUAUGUUAGUGCUAUGUUCUUUUAAUGUUAGUGCUAUUCAAUAACUAAAAUUACAACCUUUCAGUCUGGCAAUACCUAAUUAAUUAAAUCUCAGAUGUAAUAUUCUCAACGGUAAAAAUUGCUGUUUACGAUCGCGAAUCUCAUUAUUAUAUGAUAACUUAGGACAAUCCAACCACAGGAAUAUUAUUAUGAUAACAUUACUUAGUUCUAUCCUCCCAUUCAACUAUCAUUAUGAUGACAUUACUUUGUUCUAUCAAACAAUGUGACAAUUAUAAUUAUAGCUUCAUAUAGAUACAUUUAUUUCUUCACUAACAGUCAGUCUCAUCUUUACAAUGAAUAAAAAAGAAAGCAUUUUAACGUUAUUUUAAGUUACAUCAGUAAGGGCUAGAACAACAACCGGAUAGUCUUAAUCUCAUAGCGUACUCUUCAUUAGUCUGAUCCUAGUGGAUAAAUGCUGAACACUAAAUGGGAUCCAUAUUGGCCGCUCUUUUAAAUGAUUGGAAAGUAUUUGAAUAUGAAGGGACAUAACCAAAAUUAUAUUUUAUUAACAUUGAUGAAGAAUAAAUUACACGCUCCCCCACCCCUUUAAAAAAAAAAAACCGGUCAUAAUUUGACAUAUUCAACUUGAAUUAUGAUUGCUCUAUUAGUUUCGUUAGUUUCAUGAUAAUUUUAUGUUAAAUUCAUGAUUCUGUUAUGUUAGUUUCAUGAUUCUGUCAUGUUAGUUUCAUGAUUCUGUCAUGUUAGUUUCAUGAUUCUGUCAUGUUAGUUUCAUGAUUCUGUCAUGUUAGUUUCAUGAUUCUGUCAUGUUAGUUUCAUGAUUCUGUCAUGUUAGUUUCAUGAUUCUGUCAUGUUAGUCUCAUGAUUCUGUCAUGUUAGUCUCAUGAUUCUGUCAUGUUAGUCUCAUGAUUCUGUUACUGCAAAGACAACGGAAGUGUGUAUUUUUGAAAUAGAAUUUUCCACAAACGUCUUUUUUAUUGUUGUCUUUUGUUGUCUGCUUCCCAGAGUUCCGUCUACAUUCUCUCCCAGACAUUCGGUGCAGUGUUAGGAGCCGGGAUCAUUCGACUUACAGUUCCAGAACCACUCAGAGGGGUGAUUGGAAGCACAACUCUGACGGAAGGGGUGGAGCAGUGGCAGGUAAAUUUGAAACACUCACUUCCAUAUUUUGAAAUCAAAGUAAAUUUAACCUCUAGAAGUUGUCACGACCCUUUAAUUUUUUGGAGAAAAAAAAAGACAAAACUAAAUCAAAUAAACACUAGGACAAUAUGAUGAAGUCUCAAAGGCUAUACUUAUAUAUUUAUUUACUAAUUAAUUAUAAGUAUAGCCUUUGAGACUUCAUCAUAUGGCUUACGGGGCCAAUUCUGGAAUGACAGUCUUGGCUGCACUUUUUGAAGGUGAACCUUGACCCAUGGUUGAAUCUGACCUUUUGUAAUGCUUUUUUUGUUGCAAAAACUUACUUAGUUUCGUGUAUUGUUUUCACAGCACACUAAUCCACUAGCAAUGAUAAGCAUAUCCCACUAAUACACCAACAUGAUAAGCAUAGCCCACUAAUACACCAACGCGAUAAGUAUUGCAAACUAAUCCACUAACAAUGAUAAGCAUAGCACAUUAAUCCAUUAACAAUGAUGAACACAACGCACUAAUCCACUAACAAUGUUAAACACAGCACACUAAUCCACUAACAAUGAUAAGCAUAGCCCACUAAUUCACUAACACUGAUGAUACAUCACACUAAUCCACUAACAAUAAUGAGUACAUCACACUUAUCCACUAACAAUGAUAAGCAUAACCCACUAAUCCACUAACACUGAUGAGUACAGCACACUAAUCCACUAACAAUGAUAAGCAUAGCCCACUAAUCCACUAACAAUGAUGAGUACAGCACACUAAUUCACUAACACUGAUGAGUACAGCACACUAAUUCACUAACAAUGAUGAGUACAGCACACUAAUUCACUAACAAUGAUGAGUACAGCACACUAAUUCACUAACACUGAUGAGUACAGCACACUAAUUCACUAACAAUGAUGAGUACAGCACACUAAUUCACUAACAAUGAUGAGUACAGAACAAUAAUCCACUAACAAUGACGAGUACAGCACACCAAUCCAGUCAAUGAACCUAUGAGUGAUUCAUUCAAUUAAUUUAAAGCGAUGGUAACAACUCGUCCGUUUUUUCAGGGCUUCAUUAUUGAGAUGGUUACGACAUUUCUAUUGGUGAUGACAGUAUUUGCUAGUUGUGACCGUUUGAGAACUGACCACAGUGGUUCUACUGCCCUAAGUAUCGGCUUCUGUGCAACUGUGUGCAUUGCCUGGAGUGUAAGCAACUUUGGAGUUUUUUUUAAUUUCAUUUUUCUAAAUCAAAAUCAAUUUAAAAAUAAAAUAGUUAUCAGCCUAACACAAAAACAAUUGACACAUUAUUAAUUUGUAUUUAACUUACGUAUAUAUCUAUGUGAUUUAAAUAUUUUUUAUCAACAUUUUUUGCUAUCCUUAGUGUGUUCACAUUAGACAAGUUUUGAAAAUUGUGUAAACUAAAUAAGUUCUGAACUGAAUUAGGGAUGUGUAACAUAUAAGAUGGUGAAACAUAUAAGAUGGUGAAACAUAUAAGAUGAUGAAACAUAUAUUAAAGAUAACCAUACGUUAUCUUAUAAUGACCAAAAGUUGUAUUUCAGAUUGCCAUAAGUUAUAUUAUCGAUAACCAGAAGAAUUUAAGUUGUAUUUUUCUUUGCGUUCCGGUUUAAAGCCAGCAGAGGUUAAAGCAAAUGGUGAGAUUCGCCAGUUGGCUGAUAUCUCCAGCAUAGUGUUGGCUGAUAUCUCCAACAUAGUGUUGGCUGAUAUUUUCCAUCAUAGUGGUGGCUGAUAUCUCAAGAAUAGUGCUGGCUGAUAUCUCUAACAAAGUGUUGGCUGAUAUUUUCCAUCAUAGUGUUGGCUGAUAUCUCUAACAUAGUGUUGGCUGAUAUUUUCCACCAUAGUGUUGGCUGAUAUCUCUUACAUAGUGUUGGCUGAUAUUUUCCCCCCCCCCCCCCCAUGGCUACCUUAUUUUCAAUCAAUCCAAAAGUGAUUACCAUUUGGCGACGUUAUCGCUAAUAGUGAGACAGCGGGACACUUGUACAAAGGAAACUUUGUUAUCAUUUCAUCAAUUUAUCAUUUUAUCAAUUUUUCAAUUGAUCUUUCUAACAGUUUAUCAAUGUGUGUCAAUUUACAACAGUUUACAUUUUGUUUUAACAGGGGGUUCUCACUGGGGGGAGUAUGAACCCCGCACGCUCAUUUGGGCCUGCCGUGUGGACUGGAAUCUGGGAAAACCAUUGGGUAAGAUGAGAACCACUGUAGACGGGGCAAGACCCGCUCAACCAUUUACUGUAAGACAAAAGGUCUUAGUUCUGCCCAUAUAUCCUAUAUACUAAGACAAAAGGUAUUAGUUCUGUCCAUAUAUCCUAUAUCCUAAGACAAAAGGUCUUAGUUCUGCCCAUAUAUCCUAUAUCCUCAGACAAAAGGUAUUAGUUCUGCCCAUAUAUCCUAUAUCCUCAGGCAAAAGGUGUUAGCUCUACUCGUAUAUCAUAUAUCCUCAGGCAAAUGGACUUAAUUCUGCCCAUAUAUCCUAUAUCCUAAGACAAAAGGUCUUAGUUCUGCCCAUAUAUCCUAUAUCGUCAGGCAAAAUUUCUCAGUUCUGCCGAUAUAUCCUAUAUCCCAAGUUUAUCAUAGGAUUACGGGGUCAUUAAAUUGUUAGUAGAGUAUUGUAAGUAGAGAAAUGUAAGAUUAUUUGAAGUUAUUUUUUGAAGUUUUAAACAGUUGUAUUUAUUUCAAAACUCUAGAUCUACUGGACAGCUCCGAUCACUGGAGGCAUGAUGGCGGCUUUACUCUACCAGAAAGUCUUCGACGAAAAAGUACCGGAAGUUAACCAGGAUCUCCACUUCAGUCAACAUAAACUCAACACGAGUGACGUCAAGCGAGAAGGAUUUCUUGACCAUACCAUCGUUGUCGAUGGACCUGGGGCCUUACCAUUUCAGGACUCUCCACAAGGCGGCAGAUUUAACUUCAAGCACGGGC